GAUAUUUUCCUUUUUCCCGCCCUUUCUCCCCUUCACUUGAGAAAAUUUGCUGAGAGUGUACAAGGGAAAGCCUGUGAAAGACCAGAAGGAAACAAGGCGAGAAAGGACUACAGCGUUUGAGGCGGACUGGGGAGCUCUUGAUGUCUCUGGAGCAUUUGGAUAAUGUGACAGUUGGGAUGCAGUAAUGUCGACUCUCUGCCCACCACCAUCUCCAGCUGUUGCCAAGACAGAAAUUGCUUUAAGUGGUGAAUCGCCUUUGUUAGCAGCUACUUUUGCUUACUGGGACAAUAUUCUUGGUCCUAGAGUAAGGCACAUUUGGGCUCCAAAGACAGAACAGGUCCUACUCAGCGAUGGAGAAAUAACUUUUCUUGCUAACCACACCCUAAAUGGAGAAAUCCUUCGAAAUGCAGAGAGUGGGGCUAUAGAUGUAAAGUUUUUUGUCUUAUCUGAAAAAGGAGUAAUUAUUGUUUCAUUGAUCUUCGAUGGAAACUGGAAUGGCGAUCGGAGUACUUACGGACUAUCAAUUAUACUUCCACAGACGGAACUUAGUUUCUACCUCCCACUUCACAGAGUAUGUGUUGAUAGAUUAACACAUAUUAUCCGGAAAGGAAGGAUAUGGAUGCAUAAGGAAAGACAAGAAAAUGUCCAGAAGAUUGUUCUAGAAGGCACAGAGAGAAUGGAAGAUCAGGGUCAGAGUAUUAUUCCAAUGCUUACUGGAGAAGUGAUUCCUGUAAUGGAACUGCUUUCAUCUAUGAAGUCACACAGUGUUCCUGAAGAAAUAGAUAUAGCUGACACAGUACUCAAUGAUGAUGAUAUUGGUGACAGUUGUCAUGAAGGCUUUCUUCUCAAUGCCAUAAGCUCACACUUGCAAACCUGUGGCUGUUCUGUCGUUGUAGGUAGCAGUGCAGAAAAAGUAAAUAAGAUAGUGAGAACUUUAUGCCUUUUUCUGACUCCAGCAGAAAGGAAAUGCUCCAGACUAUGUGAAGCAGAGUCAUCGUUUAAAUAUGAAUCAGGGCUCUUUGUACAAGGUCUGCUCAAGGAUUCAACUGGAAGCUUUGUACUACCGUUCCGGCAAGUCAUGUAUGCCCCAUAUCCCACCACACACAUAGAUGUGGAUGUCAAUACUGUCAAGCAGAUGCCCCCCUGUCACGAACAUAUUUAUAAUCAACGUAGAUACAUGAGGUCAGAGCUGACAGCAUUUUGGAGAGCUACUUCAGAAGAAGACAUGGCUCAGGAUACGAUCAUCUACACAGAUGAAAGCUUCACUCCUGAUUUGAAUAUUUUUCAAGAUGUCUUACACAGAGACACUCUAGUAAAAGGCUUCCUGGAUCAGGUCUUUCAUUUGAAACCAGGUUUAUCUCUCAGGAGUACUUUCCUUGCACAGUUUCUACUAGUCCUUCACAGAAAAGCCUUGACACUAAUAAAAUAUAUAGAAGAUGAUACGCAGAAGGGGAAAAAGGCCUUUAAAUCUCUUCGGAACCUGAAGAUAGACCUUGACUUAACAGCAGAGGGCGAUCUUAACAUAAUAAUGGCUCUAGCUGAGAAAAUUAAACCAGGCCUACACUCUUUUAUCUUUGGAAGAUCUUUCUACACUAGCGUACAAGAACGAGAUGUUCUGAUGACUUUUUAAAGGUGUAACUGGUUAAGUAUAUUUCAUUGCAAUCAUGACCGCUACUCAAAUAGCUCAGUGGUGUGGGAAGCAUCAUUUUCCCCAGAUUAUGCCUCCAGAGCCCUACUCAGCCAUUGCAGUUAAAGUUAGUUACACUACAGCUGUCACAGGAAGUCUGUAAAGGAAUGUCAGGUACAUCCUUAAAUUGGAUAUCCCUUUUCUUCAAUAUGCUUUCUUGGGAUGUAGACUUAUGUUUACAGUUAUAAUAACUAUUCUUGGUGUAUUUUAAAGAUAUAAUAACCGGAUAUAAACUUGACCACAACUACUGUUUUUUGAAACUUAUGAUUUAUGGUUUACAUGUAUCAAAGUCAAGUCUGAGUUGGCUUUUUCAGAUAGAAUACCAGUUGACUUUCCAUCUUUUGGUGUUCCUAAGUAUGUGCGAUUACUAUAAUACUUUUGCAGUCAGCUAAAAAUUAGAGCUUUUUUUAAAUCAUUUCAGAAAGGAAGAUAGCUUAAACAGACUAAGCUUUAGAGAGAAACUAUUGAUCAAGCAGAUUUUCAAUCUGAAUGAAUUAUUAGAUCCUGUUUUGUAGACUUAGUCCUUAGGAUUUGGACUAUGUAGAAAUGUCAAGCAGUUAUUUAUAGUCCCUGAUUAUGAUGAACCACAGUCAGCGUAUUUUUCUGUUUUUUUAUCGUUGUCAGUAUCCUAUAUAGUUGAACUUUGUCCAAGAAAAUAUAGGAAAUUUGAUUUUUAUGUUUUAAUAGUUGUUGACAAUUUUAAAGUUAAUUUUCAUUAUUUUAAGCCAAAUUGAAAUGUGUACCUUCUGUGCCUUUUUUUCCUUGGAAAAUAUAACUAUUCGGAAGAAGUUCAGAUUUCACUGGUCAGUCAUUUCCAUCUGGUUUUCACUCAAAAUCUUACCAUGUACCUGAUUUGGCAAUCAUUGUAACUUUAAGAUUAUAAAAUGUGUUAAAGAAUAUGCUGACUUCCACGUUCCCUUUUUAGGAACAGAGAGCAGUUUCUUGUCUUCUUUGUUCUUAUAUUUCUGCCCAUAUUUUUUAAAUUGUUGUCAUGUUUCCUGCAUUGGAGAAAGAAUGGCAGGAGAAACUUUACUAAAGUGCUAUUUUUCUAGGUGCUACUUUGGCAGAACUAAGUGAUCUGUUUCUUUUGUCUCAUUAAUGUGUUUGGACCAUUUUGCUAGCUGUAAAUUAACUGAUGAUUAUAAUUUGUGCUUAGAGCAGGGUUAACAUAAUGGUAUAUACACGAGCACAAGUAAGUAUUUUUAUUUAAAACUGAGGAAGUAACACAAAAGGGAAAAUGUAUUUAUUUAUAAGAAAAAGAUAAAAGUGAUAGAGUCCUUCUGCUCUUACUCACCAAAUUUAACAAAAAAGAAGCAUCCUAUUCUGAAAAGUCAUAAUAGCUUUCAUAUCAUGAUAUAUGUAGACAUCUUGAUUUUUUUUUUAGAUACACAUUGAGCAAGAUGACUAAUGUAUUAUAGUUUAGUCGUGGAAAAAUGUGUAGAUGCCACCUUGUAAUGUCCCAUCCUUGAUGCUUUUUACACAGUGAAUUCCUAUUUAAGUGCUGACUGUUUUUUUUGCUGGUUUAUUGUACUGUUGUAUAGAGUGUAAGUUGUACAGUGAAAUAAGUUAUUAAAGCAUGUGUAAACAUUAUUGUAUAUCUUUCUCCUAGAUGG